CCCCAUCGCCAAGCUUAAACACUUUUUAUUAAUAUCUCUAUCUCUGCUCAUUUCCUGUGCAUGAAAAACUCCCAGCCGGCCUCUGAUUCUCUCUCACGCCACGCCGGCCCCCCCACCCCUUCUUCUUCUUCAACCGCCAUAUAUGACUCCUCAUUUUCUUCACGGCCACAACUACUAGCACUACUUACUAAUUCUCCCAAAAUCCCCAUUCCCAUUCCUCCCAAUUCACUCACUACUCACUCACGUAAAACAAACGCAAUGCUAGAUCUCAACCUCAACUUCUACACUCCCGAAAUGGAGACCUCCGCCGCGAGCAGCUUCAACUCCUCCUCCAACGACUCCUCCUCCUCCGCCACCCUCAACUUCCUCGACCUCCAAAACGACGUCGCCGCCCCCCCUUACGACGACGACGACGACGCCGAUCAUCAUAACUACUUCGACGGCCGCACCAUCCAGCUCUUCCCUCCUCAACCCCAGCCCCCACGGUCUUCGACGACCAAGCAGUGGCUGGGGCUCUCCUCCGGCGGAGCACCGCAGCGUUACUGUGCUCCUCCUCCUCCGCCGCUCGUGGAGCAGAGGAUCGUGCCUCUCCCGGAGAAGGUCAAGAAGAGCCGCCGGGGACCGAGGUCCCGGAGCUCGCAGUAUCGCGGCGUCACGUUUUAUCGGAGGACCGGGAGAUGGGAAUCGCAUAUUUGGGAUAACGGGAAGCAGGUGUACUUGGGUGGAUUUGACACUGCGCAUUCUGCAGCUAGAGCUUAUGAUCGAGCUGCGAUAAAGUUCCGUGGAAUUGAGGCUGAUAUUAAUUUCAAUGUUAGUGAUUAUGAUGAGGAUAUUAAGCAGGUUAGUGAGUGUAUUUUGUGUGUGCGCUAUGGAGCUGAGCUUUUUACGGGGAUUGUUAUGAUCAUAUUGUUUUCUGGGUUUAGUUUUGAUGGUAAAUUUGUAAUGCAGAUGAGUAAAUUUACAAAGGAAGAGUUUGUGCAUAUCCUGCGUCGCCAGAGCACCGGAUUCGCCAGAGGAAGCUCGAAAUACAGGGGAGUCACGUUGCACAAAUGUGGCCGCUGGGAAGCUCGUAUGGGCCAGUUGCUGGGCAAGAAGUAUAUAUACCUUGGCCUAUUUGAUAGCGAGAUUGAAGCUGCAAGAGCAUAUGACCAGGCUGCCAUCAAAUGCCAUGGAAGGGAAGCGGUCACCAACUUUAAUCCAAGCUUAUAUGAUGGGGAGAUAAUAAUGGCUGAGGCCAACAAUGCAGGGAUCGAUGAUAGUCUUGAUCUAAACUUGGGAAUUGCUCCCCCCUUGGCUUCUGACUGUCCAAAUGAGAACAUCAACUUGAGCAGCUUUCCUUUUCAGCUAGGCUGCAAUGACAUUCCUGUUCACAUGACAGCAAGGAAUGAGAAUUCUGUUCCAGGACUUCCAGCAACUAUGAGGACUCAACUGCCUCAUGGCUCAAUGGUGGCAACUACAGAGCCUCCUCUAAUGAGCAGCAUGACCUCCAACUUCUUUCCCAUCCAUAUGGAAAGAGCAAUGGAGAAGAGUAUGGAUGCUAACUCCUUCGUAAUGAAGUAAAGACUUUAAUGGGGUCCUAAAGAGAUUAUACCAAAAGGAAAAGUAAGCCGCAACUUUUGUUCAACAUAUGGUAACAGGCUACGUAACUGUGAAUGUCAUCUUUUAGGACAAUUUAAGAGCACUUCUUCUUUUAAUAUCCCCAUUCUAAAGAGACGAUCGAACCCUAAUCCAAUUAUUCAGAUCUCCGGCAAUGCAUAACAAUUAUGGGUUUUUUGUUGCUAUAGGGUGGGCACGUGGACAGGUUGGGGUUGUAGUACAUCACUAACAUGUAUAAUUUUGAGGGUAAAGUAAAAGGUAAAGUAAGAAUCCGGAAUCCUCGGCUUUGGGUACUUGGUACAAUCUGCAAAAGGUGAUGGUGAGAGAGAUGGAUGGAUAGGGGCCAUCGUCGUCCGUUCUAUGCAUUUUUGUAAUUUAGCGUUGUGGUUUCUUAUGAGCAGCGUGAAAAGUCUGUUGUACUCUACACUGUUUGUCUGUAAACACCAUUCAUUA